ACGUCAAUUAUCUGUCAGACCAGAACAUCUGUGCGACAAAAAUCGAAUCUGUCAAAAAAUAACGAAGUUCCCUUGUUAUCACUGCGGCGAACUUCAUACUAUAACAGAUCGCUUUUUGUCAUCGCGGCGGACUUCAUGUUGUAAUAUUGUUAUCAUAAUCUGAAUAUUAAAAAUCUCCUUCCUUGCAUUUGUUUUUGGUACAAGAUUUUUUUAUUUAUACAUAGAGGGAUUUCGCAGUGUAGUUAAUCUUUCAAUUUGGUCCUAGCCCGUAUUCUUCCACUUUAUCAUGUCACUGCGAUGUACUGACUCAAUUUAUUUUACAAUGAUUGUGUCAUUUACUGCAAUCUGAAAAGUAUGCUGAAAUGCUUCGACAUCUCUACCGUUUUUAAUGCAUAUUAUUUAGCGAAUGGAACAUUGUAUUUCUGCGUGAUAUACAUAAUUUUGGGGAAAUGGAUAUAAAUGACCGAAUAAUGGCACAUGACACUACGGGUGUAAAGUUAGUUGGUGUUGGACUACGAGUUCUGAUUCUGGAAAUCGAAAAAAUUUACAAGGAACACUCCUAUGAAGAUGCAAGAAUCCCAAUCCUUAUAAAGGAAAUACAUGCGCAUUAUUGUGCAAGCUACCAACAAAUGAAGAAGUCGAUAAAUCCACAGCCAAUAUUCCAGUUGUGGUGGAAAUCUUUAGGACAUUUUACAAACUCAUUACACAAUGUUUUUGAAACAAGUAUGAAUGCAGAAAUCGCAUCUUACCUGCGAGAUAUAAGGAUACUAGACAUGGUGCUCAUGCAAGAUGUGUCUUCCAUAUUGUGUCAAUUUAAAAAUGAGGUAAUGGAAUGUAUCAAUUCAAAACUGUACGGUAGUCUUUUAUCCAAAGAAUUUUGGGACUUCUAUAUAGAUGGUUUUACACUACUCAAAGAUGAUAUUGAUUUCUUACAAGGUGAAGAAAUAGUGGAGCUAUUUGCGAAUACUUUGGAAACUUGGUUAAUGCUGAAAGAUUUCACAGACUGUCAAUUACUGACUUUUAUUUUGCCAAGAAUAAUUAAAUUGAUUGAUCAAACCGACACUCUGACCAAAAUAUGGGAUCUGAUUUUCAAACAUUUAAUUAAUCCAGCUGAAGCCCUUAAUUUUCUAUGUCUUACAUCCGAUACAUGGUUUUCUCUUAUCAGAAUUUGUCAUAUUAAUGAGCCAUUAAUUGAACAAGCUAUGAAAGAACCAUUUUGGGUCAUAAUAUCAAAGGGCCUAUCAAGCUCAUCACCCCAACAACGAAAACAGGCAUUGUAUCUCAUCAAAAGGGUAAUUGAAGUUGCCAAAGAAAGCAACACUCUGGGGUUGGAUUUGACUCAUUACAAGGUGAUUAAACCUCUUGUGCUUGCGCCAACUAUCGAUUUUCAAGGUUCACUCAAAAAAAAUGUAAAUAAUUUCUUGUUAAUAUUGGAAGCGCUUGAAGAAAAACAAAAGCAUUUGGUUAUGCCAGUUUUCCCACUCCUGGAAUCUAUGAUCGAUGAAACAUUUUCGGAAGCGACCCCUUUAAGUGGAAUUGAUAUUGCAUGGAUUCGUUGUGCAUAUACGCGAAUUCUCAAACAUGAGAAUAAUGCUGUAGUGAAGUGGGGAUUACUGUCUAUACUAAAACUUGAAGCAGAAUUAUAUGACAAUGACUUUUUAGUCACCGUUCUCGAUGUAUUGAACAAUACUUAUAUUUGGGAACAUCAAGCAAAUGAAAUAGAACCAACUGUUGUUAGUGAGCUUACCAAAUUACUCAACUCUGCUGAAAGCAAGAACAGCGACUUGGUUACAAGAUUCCUGACACAAGCGUCAGAAAUGACUUGGGGACCUGUGGCGUUAUUUUAUGUAAUUCACACACUAUCCAUGGUUGAACAAAAGUGCAGCAUUUGGAAAGAGCCAGAAUGGAAUGCAAUCAAAGCAUUAGCGAAGAGCAACUUGAAUAUGCAUUGUCGAACUCUUCGUAUUGGGUCUCAGAUUAAGCUUUUGCAAGCCGCAACUCACUUUGCUAUAAAAUCUUCAGACUUGAUUACGGUAGCCAAAUCACUGGAAGUAUUUUCGAACAGUGAAGCACUGACACGUGGUCAAUUAGCUUGGAAGCGAAUCUCUCUUUGGAUAUCAGAGACAGUCACAAAAGCUGAAGCAACCAGGUUUCUUGAUGAUUUCUGCUCACAGAUGGCUAAUGAAAAGUGCAGGAGGGAUCUUAGCAUGAAAUCCUUUUCUCUAUUACUUCUGCUUUUUCAUGACGGAGGCCUUAUACUCGAUACAAAGGAGUGCCCGGCAUUACUCACAUUACAUAACUUACUGAACUGUUUAAUUGGAGCGGAUAGCAGGCCAUAUGGAGACACAGACCUAAGACACAGAUCAAUCGAACUUCUUGGUCACUUACUUCAGUCGAUCUCGACAAAUGAUUGCGUUCUUCUUGAAUUUGUUGCUUACUAUGCGGAUGCGACAUUACGUUUUAUAUUCAAGCUUCUUAGAAAAACAUCCGAUGUAUUUUUUGUUGAUAACAUCUAUUCAUACGUAUUAGUGGUACAAAAAUUUUUUUCUACUAAAAAUUCAUACGUAUCAAAAGCCAUGAUCCUCAAUCAUAUUGAAAGAUUUGAAUUGGAAACAUUGACUAUAAUCGAAGAUGGACAAUACAGUAGCAAUGUGCAGAGGUUCUUUGGCAUCAUGAUAUUGUAUAUUUGCUUGAAAGCGACCAGUACAAAACUUAAAAAUUACAAAUUCAUUGAAUUGUUACAUCAAACAUACCAGUCUCUGAGCAUGCAGUCUUCGGGUGAUACAGAAAAAACGACUGAAAGUUGUAAUUUGAACAGAAACCUGAAUGGAAAAAUAGCAGCAGAGUAUUAUAAGUAUGUGGCGGAGCUCUUUUACGAAUAUGUUAAAGAUGUUCCAGCUAAUGAAUGGGUGGCAAACAUUGAUUGGAUUGAACAAGUUUCAUACUUGGCACAGGUGGGCAAUAGAGAAAUAUUUGUACCAUUAGUCCGGAUAAUGGCGCAAAUAUUUUAUAAAGGUUCAGUCACAGAGACCGAGAUCAAUGAUUUCAAGUCGGUUUUAAACCUAUGUUGGAAGUCGACUUUUGAGCUUAGCGAUUGCAGAUUGGCAACUGAAGAAAUAAUAUAUUUAAUCUUUAGUACGCCAUUUCUUGAAUUGAAAGAAACCAGAGAACUGGCAAUAAAGUAUACCGGUGAAAUUAUACUAAAAUCAGACAAAAUUCCCAGACUAAGUCUAAUUUUGCUCAAAGGAUUGCAACAAGCUAAGGGGGACUAUCUAUCAAAUUUUUAUGAAGCAAUAAUCUCUUGCUUGCUGCAUGGUACAGUUCCACGCCGUGACCAAAAAGUCGAGCUACAAGCUCGUUCGUUUGUUGUUCGGUGGUAUAGGCGCUCUUAUCCAAAUCAUUUAUCCAGCGUAAAUAUAAAUAUCAAUGCAGCAAUAAGAGCAAAUGCUGUCAUACUAUUGCACAAGAUGAUUAUCGACGAACCUCUGCAUGCAGUUCGAUUGUUACCAAUGAUGAUCGCUGUUUUAAACGAAAAGCAGAACAAAAGAUAUUUUGGAGAUUCACAGAUACAUCGCCAGAAAAAUCGAAUCAUGCAAGUCUUACUUGUAUUGCAACCCAUACUCGAACAAGUUGAAACUGCAACAUUGUACACACUGAUUCGUGACAACAUGUUGACAGAGAGCAGUCAACCCAGUAUCAAGAUAAUGCAAGAAUGGCUUUUGAUAAAAAUCUAUCUCGAAAACGAAGCCAUGCGGCUGGAAAUAUGGGACUUGUUCGAUCAGGCUCAAGAAAAACGAGUGGGCAGCUUGUGCUCUGUAGUAAGCAUUGUGUACCAUGUAUCUCGUUUACUUUCGGCGGAAUUGCAGCCCGACUUCAUAAAUCUAGCAUUAGAGCACAUCUUGCCGUGUUGCAUGUCGCAACAAUUCAAUGUUCGCCUAUAUGCUCAGGUCAUCGCUUCCAAGCUGUAUGAUUUUGCAACAGAAAUGUCCUAUUUGACUGUGACAGAAAAGCACGGAGAGCUUUAUAAAGCUUUGAAGAAGAGUUUGAAAUAUGGAAAUCUGAUGACAAACUCUUUGAAAUUACAAGAUGAUUUCUACUUCACGCUAUUUAAUCCAGAGGAGGAUUAUAGUUUGCAGACCUUAUUCGACGAAUUGCCACGGUUAUCAAAUGUUUCUUCAGAUGAAUGCAUUCCACCGGAAAUGUUUGGAAACUUUGGCUUCAAAGAAUCUAAUAGUCAUCCGCUGAAACUCUUGAACCGUGUAGCCAAUAUAAGCUUGGUACAGGUUUCAACCCACAUUUUGAAGUCGGCUGGAAGUGCAGGACCUCUAGCAGAGGAUUUCAUUGAGGGUACCCAUUGUUCCAAUGACAUACAAAAGAAGUUCAUACCAUGGAAAUCGAUGAUUCCAAAUGAAGAUGAUCUUAGCGAAGUUUCUAGCACAUCUGCAUCCCAUCAGAAUCCGGAAAGAGAAAAUGAAAUUAUAUUAGUCGCUUCACUCGUUGACAAGCUACCAAAUCUUGGAGGUCUGAGCAGAACAUGCGAGAUACUUGGAGUUAAAGAAUUUGUACUAGCGUCUAUCAAAUACACAGAGGAUAAGGAAUUUCAAUCUGUCAGUGUGUCAGCUGAAAAGCUGAUCCCUCUCAUAGAAGUGAAGCCACACCAAUUGCAACAAUACCUAUCGGAGAAGAAGAGUUUGGGUUAUCGAUUAGUUGGUGCUGAACAAACAGUCAAUAGUACGAAUCUAGCAAAUGUCAAGUUUCACAAAAAAACUGUUCUGUUGCUCGGUAACGAGAAGGCCGGCAUCCCAGUCAAUCUAAUAUCUUUGCUGGAUGAGUGUGUUGAAAUUCCUCAAGUUGGUGUCGUUCGUUCGUUCAAUGUUCACGUAACAGGAGCUAUUUGUUUGUGGGAGUAUUUUAAGCAACAUCGUACUCACUAAGUUCAUAAAGUAUUCAGUGUAUGUACAUUCAUUUAUCGGCUGUGUAAUACUAUGACAUAUUUCUAAUUUCAUACCAGAUACAACUCUACGUUUGAUAU